UCGCAGUCUGCGGCUGACUUUGAAGCUUCGCAAUAAAUUCUUAAAAUAGCGGCCAUUUAACGCUGAAAUUUAACAACGAAUUAACUACCUUUGCUUUCUCAAUAUUUAUAGUAAUAUCUAGUUCAAGAAAAGUUAUUGAAUGAGUGACAUUUUCCAAAGUUCAUGCUGUGAGCGCACGUCAAAAUUCGGACGUUGGUCUAUGUUAAAGCAUAAAAUAGUGUCUUUAUUUAUUGAAUAAUUUGUAGAGUUUCGCGACUUGCAUACAAAGAACCCAUCCUGCCAAGAUGCUGCUAGUGAGACCAACGAUUGGGUGGCUGGGCUACUUCGUGAUCAGACAGUCUCCCCAACGCCUGGGGCUGGUCCUAGGGAUUUGCUCCCUCGCUACCCUCAUCAUUUUGUGGGAAUCUCAACAUACCCUCAACCUUACCUACGACUCGCCUGGACCGUACCCCCCUCCCGUAAUUAUCAUUUCACCCCCCGACGGGGGGCACAUGACGGCCUGGGAUGCGUGUGGCAUCGAAGCCGCCACUCGUAACGUCGAAGUCAAAACCAAAGAGAAAACGACUUCCGUCAAGAAACCGCAACUCGCAGACCAUGAAGAACUGCAAAAACUCCUUGAGAACUUGCGCAAUCCCAUGACGAUAGACGAAGCGAAGUUGCUUAAGAGGGACGAUGACAGAGAGGGAACUGACGAAGGCAGACGUGAAGAAGAUACCCUCAGUCGCCUGCACCUCGCGCUGGACGAACACGAUCUCAUGGCGCAGAAAAUACAUGACAAGUUCGCCUUCCAAUCACCAGACUUGGUUUCCGAAAAGCUUUUGGAUGAACCCGAGGAUGAACAACUGAGACAACAGCAGAACGAAGAGAAGAAGGAGGAGAAAGGCGAACAUAUGGACGAACAGAAGGAUAAAGAAGAGAAAGGCGAACACAUGAACGAAGAGAGGGAUAAACAGAUGAAUAAUAAUCAGGAAACAAACAAGGAUGAUCUCAAACCCGGAGAAGUUAAGCUCGUAUGGGACGCGAAGCGGUCGGCGGUGCGACAGGUGUGGGUGUACAGGUGGACAUCCACGGUGUUCAGGGGGGACUCUUGGACGCACUUUGUGAACAAGUUGCCGGGUGUUCACCUCAACUACUUUGACGCCAAGAGGGCGACCCUGAGAACCCAGCUGCGGUCCUGGCGCUACGGAGCUGGUCUCAGCACCUGGACCAGCUGGGUCAGCUGGAUCACCGCCUCCCUCAGCCUGCUGUGGUCCUCUGGAGGAAUAGUCAUCCCUAUGGGGGUGAUUCUGACCCAACCCCUCACCCUCUCCAUCAUGAAUAAAGGGGAAGGCAUCCUCAUGGGUGAGGCGGGGAUCAGGGGGGAUACUCCCCCCGCCUGGAGUCUCCCUCACAUGGGGGGCGUUUCCCCCCUCGUGUUCGGAGUGCCCCCUCGCCACCCAAUUGUGUCCGAGGCUAUGAAGCUCAUGCUGGAGAACGACACCCUGAUGUCAGCUCAGCCAGCUGACACCUCCCCCUCCUCCCCCCACUCGUUCCUGACCCCCGUAACCCCCCUGCUGACGGGGGCGGUGAAGGGGGCGUGUGGGUCAGGGGUCGGGGGGCCCUGUGAACUCUUCACCCUCCUCCCCCCUGACGCUGCUGUCGCCGUUGACGUCAUGCAGCUGGAUGAGCCCCACGCCCUGGGGACGCUGCUGCACUACGCAAGUCCCCCCGAGUUCCUCCACAACCCCAGCCUGGUGCUAGACCUCUUCAGGGGUCUGAGGCUGCACAGGUUCUGCCCCAGGGUCUCGGACGAGGUCUACACCAGACCCUUGAGGGACCUCUAGUUACACCAGACCCUUGAGGGACCUUUAGUUACGCCAGACCCUUGAGGGACCUCUAGCUACACCAGACCCUUGAGGGACCUCUAGUUACACCAGACCCUU